UCGUUUUGCCGGUUGUUCAGUCUAGUGUACACUCUGUCAGAAAGACCACGGCGACUAUUCGGACAUCAGAUUUCUCCUUUGCAGCUUGGCGCAGUCCGAUCGCAGGAACGGACCAUCGUUUAAAAGAUAACAGAAGCUGAUGUGCACACUAGAACAUCGCUCAAGUAUUUUGGACAGGCAAUAAAACUGAAAGUGUGGCUUUGGAUGAUGAAGAUGACGAUUUUACUAUCACGGGUGGCGCUAACCCUGCUGUCACUCAAAUGCUACCUUGCAGAGAGAAAUAUUCAACAUGGACCUGUUUUCACCCAAGAGCCUAGUGACAGUGUUUUCCCGCUGAGCAGUGAAGACAACAAGAUAUUCAUCAACUGCAAAGCCAAAGGAAAUCCGCCGCCGCAUUACAGGUGGAAAUUCAAUGGAAGAGAUCUCAACGUUUACAGUGAUUUGAACUACAGCCUGGUAGAGGGCAACCUCUUGAUCAAUAACCCGCAGGCGAUGAAAGACGGAGGAUCUUACCAGUGUAUUGCCACUAAUGCCUUUGGAACCAUCCUAAGCCGCAAGGCCAAAGUGGACUUUGCCUAUCUUCAGAAUUUCACCAACAAGGCCAGAAAUGCAGUCUUGGUGAGAGAAGGCCAGGCUGUGGUGCUGCUGUGUGGCCCACCACCCCAUUUUGGAGAGAUUAGAUAUGCAUGGAUCUACAAUGGCCAUCCCAGUGUCCUCAUCCAAGACAAUCGGCGCUUUGUGUCCCAGAGGACAGGGAACCUGUACAUUGCUAAAGUGGAGCCGUCUGAUGUGGGCAACUAUACAUGUGUGGUAAAGAACAUGAUGACCAAUGGCACCGUGUACAGCUCACCCACUCCUUUGGUGCUGCGCCGGGAUGCUGUGAUGGGUGAAUACGAGCCUAAAAUUGAAGUCCAGUUUGAAGAACUGCUGCGUGUCAUCAAAGGAUCAUCGGUUAGACUGGAGUGCUUCGCUUUAGGAAAUCCAGUGCCUUCUAUCUCUUGGAGAAGAGCAGACGGAAGCCCUUUUCCUGGAAAGAUGAAAAUCAAUCAAUCAAAUGGCGUCCUGGAGAUCCCUUAUUUCCGGCCUGAGGAUGCUGGCUUUUAUGAAUGUGUGGCAGAGAACUCCAGAGGCCGUAGUGUUGCAAAAGGACACCUCAUAUUUAAUGAUGUGGAACAUCUGCAUUGGGCCCAGACACUGCGUGAUGCCUACAUGGCCAUCGGUGCUGAUCUGCACUGGGAGUGCAGGGCUAACGGGAAACCCCAGCCAGUGUACAGAUGGCUUAAGAAUGGACAGGCCAUCGUGUCCGAGGACAGAAUCCGCAUUAAUGGAGGCAAGUUAAUGCUCUCUAAAGUUAACCUAGAGGAUUCUGGGAUGUAUCAGUGUUUGGCAGAGAAUGAGCAUGGUGUCGUUUAUGCCAGCGCUGAACUCAAAGUUGUAGCUUCUCCUCCAGACUUUUCUAAAGGUCCAGUGAAGAAGUCCACAUUGGUUCAAAGAGGAGGUGAAAUCGUCAUUGAGUGCCGGCCACAUGCAUCUCCCAAGGCCUCCAUCACAUGGAGGAAAGAAGGCGAGGUGCUGAAGAACAGUGAGAGAAGGACAAUCUCGGAGGACGGCACCCUGAGGAUUACCAAUGUGAGUGAGUCAGACGCAGGUAGAUACACGUGCAUGGCGCACAACCUGUUUGGCGUGGCCAGCAGCACGGGAACACUGGUGGUCAAAGAACCAACCAAAAUUACAGUUCCUCCACUGAGCAUGGAUGCCACAGUGGGUGAGAGCAUUGUUCUGCCAUGCAGGGUGUCCAGAGACUCCAACAUGGACUUCAUCUUCAAGUGGUUCUUCAAUGGGAAACUUGUCGAUUUCAGCCGCCACGAACACUUUGAGAUGAUUGGAGGGGGAGCAUCUGGUGACCUCAUGGUACGUAACGUUCAGCUAAAACACUCUGGGAAAUAUGUCUGCAUGAUCCAUACAGCGAUGGACAGUGUCUCAGCUGCAGCUGAUUUGAUUGUCAGAGGGCCCCCUGGUUGCCCUGACCAAGUUUUGGUGGGGGAAGUCACUGACCGGACAGUUCAGCUCUCAUGGAGUCCCAGUCCUGACAAUCACAGCCCCAUCACACAUUACAUAGUGCAGUCCCGAAGUGAUUUCUCUAUUGGUUGGCAGGCUGUAAAAACAGUUCCUGAUUCUGUGCCUGGACAGAUGACACAUGCCAUUGCAGUGGGUCUGAGCCCGUGGGUUCAGUAUGAGUUUAGGGUGGCAGCCAUGAACAGUGUUGGCAUGGGUGAGCCCAGUGCCCCAUCUGAGGCUGUUCUCACUAAGGCAGCAGUUCCUGAGGUUGCUCCAGCCAAUGUGAGUGGAGGUGGUGGGAGCCGUGGCGAACUGGUGAUUGUGUGGGAGCCUGUUCCAGAAGAACUACAGAACGGAGAUGAAUUUGGAUAUGUGGUAGCCUUUCGUUUACUUGGUUCUCUGGUCUGGAUGCAAAGCGUGGUGCCCUCGGUGGAUGCAUCCCGAUAUGUGUUUAAAAAUGACAGCUUUCCUCCACUCUCACGGUUCGAGGUGAAGGUGGGAGUUUACAACAGCAUUGGAGAAGGACCCUAUAGCCCUGUAUCGGUUAUCUACUCAGCGGAGGAAGAGCCCUCUAUAGCCCCUACCAAAGUGUGGGCACAUAGUCUUUCCUCCUCAGAACUGCAGGUUUUCUGGGAUCCCAUUCUGCCAAGCCAUAGCAAAUCCACAAUCUCAGGGUACGAGGUGCUGUUGUGGGAGGAGGGCUCAUUAGAGAGCAAGGCAAUGAAGGAAAGGGUCAUAAGAAGCCCAGCUCAUAUCACAGGCCUGAAGGGUGGCACUCUGUAUCUAAUCUCAGUCAGAGCUCACAACAGUGGUGGAGUUGGACCUGCCAGUGCUGCCAUCAACAUGACUACAAAGAAGCCACCUCCAAGUCAGCCUCCAGGGAAGAUUGAAUGGAACUUGACAAACUCCAAGAUUUUUUUGCAAUGGCAGCAAGUAAAGGCAAUGGACAAUGAAUCUGAAGUAACAGGCUACAAGGUGAUGUACCAUCAAAACUGGCACAAAGGCACCAGCAUAGUGGAAACAAAUCAGACAUCAUUGGAGCUACAGGUUCCAGCAGGAGAAGAUCUGCUUAUACAGAUCAAAGCCUUGAGCGAUGGAGGAGACGGCAGCUACAGCAGUCCAAUUCAUAUACCAAAGAUGUCCAAUCUGAACUCAAGGGGCUACUUCAGCUCUGAUGCAAACAAGAUGGUCCAUGUCCAUGAAGUAGCAUUUCUUAUUCUAUCAUGGCUGCUUCUGUAGAAUUUUUCCCCUUGAUUAGCACAAGCUGAAAAGAAAAUCAAGCGUUGAAUACUGUUUAAGAUGAAAAUACACUAUGUGGAAGUAAUUUAUUUAUGUCAUAAGCCCAACAAUGUUGAGAGAGACACACAGCCCAAUAUUUGUUUUUAAUUAUUGAAGAACUUAUGCUUUAUCUGUUUAGUUUUAUGCAAAAGGGUGAACUGUUGGAGUGUGAUUAGGUUUUAUUUGUCAGUUUCAACACUUGAGAAAACUUAAAACUCACUUCUACUUUGAAAUGUAGUAUAUUUUGACCUGAAAACAGCAUUCAAGAGAAGCAGUCUCCUGGCUCUUCAUUAGACUCCUGCUGUUUGACUUAUACACUACCUUCUCCUGUUAGUGCAGAAGUCUAUCUAAAAGAGCAUGAAUGUGUUUUUCGCACUGUUUGAGUUUUGCACCCAUGAGUUUGUUAAACUGUUAUAGAAUGCCUGAUAAAUGGUUGACAUCUGUAAUAAUUAAUCAGACAUUUUGCCUUCAUUAUGCAAUAGAAGAUUGAAGUUUAGUGUGUGUAUGUGGGGGGGAAGCAAUUUGUCAAGCCAAGUUCUGUUUUAUAUAUAUAUAUUUUGCUGUUUUGUGAGAGUCACACUGAUAAUGAUCUAAGAAACAUACCCUCAUUUUAAUGCAUUCAUUUUCCCUCAGAUUAUUUGGUAUGGAGUAUGUCUGCUUCAAAUCUCAAUAGAAUUGUUUUCAUCAUUAUUCUUUAGAUGAAACCAGUGAGGCCUUCUUUGAAGGUACAAUAUUUAAAUGAAAUUGCAAUUAACUCUCAUUAUC